CUCGCCGCAGGGGCCCAUCGCCGCCGCCGCAGCCCCGCUCGGCGCAAGUGCGCUGCGCGCGGGGGGAGGGGGCGCGGCGGAGCGUGAGGCUGGCUGCGGGCCGCGGGCCGGCCGCGCGGGAUUAAGUUUCUGGGUCACGCGUGAGUGUCUGUGCGCGUUCCACCCGAAGCUGCGCGCCGGCCGUUACUUCCGACGAGAAAAGAGCGAGCGAGGGCGACCGCGGCUCCCAGCCUCCGCCCCUCGCGCCCCGCCCGGGCGGCCGCCGCGAGCCGGGGUUCAAUUUUAGUUGCUGUUUUUAAUCAUUAUAGAGGAAAACAUUGAACUUUGAAAAAAAAAUGUUGGAAACCAUAGACAAAAAUCGGGCCCUGCAAGCAGCAGAGCGCCUGCAAGCCAAGCUCCGAGAACGUGGGGAUAUAGCAAAUGAAGACAAACUAAGCCUUCUGAAGUCGGUGCUGCAGAGCCCUCUCUUUAGUCAGAUUCUCAACCUACAGGCCUCUGUACAGCAGCUGAAAGACCAGGUAAGCACUGCAACUUCAGCAACCUCAAAUGUUGAGUAUGCCCAUACUCCUCAUCUCAGUGCCUCCAUAAUUCCCACUCUGCAAAAUGAAUCAUUUCUGUUAUCCUCAUAUAAUGGGAAUCAAGAGACACUUACAGGACCUGGUACUCCUUACAUCAAUGGGAAACUUGUGUGUGAUGAAUUUGAUCAGUUGAUCAAAAAUAUGGCUCAGGGUCGCCAGAUAGAAGCUUUUGAACUCCUCAAACCUUCCUGUGGAGGCCUUGGAUUCAGUGUUGUGGGGCUCAGAAGUGAAAACAGGGGAGAACUGGGAAUAUUUGUGCAAGAGAUACAAGAGGGCAGUGUAGCUCAUAGAGAUGGAAGACUGAAGGAAACUGAUCAGAUCCUAGCUAUCAAUGGACAGGCACUUGAUCAGACAGUUACACACCAGCAGGCUAUCAGCAUCCUGCAGAAGGCCAAAGACACUGUGCAGCUUGUGAUUGCCAGGGGCUCUUUGCCUCAGGUCACCAGCCCCCGAGUUUCCCGGUCUCCAUCUGCAGCUAGCACCGUUUCAGCGCAUUCGAACCCAGUUCACUGGCAGCAUGUAGAAACCAUUGAGCUGGUGAAUGAUGGCUCUGGUCUGGGAUUUGGCAUCAUAGGAGGAAAGGCAACUGGUGUGAUAGUCAAAACCAUUCUACCCGGAGGAGUAGCUGACCAGCAUGGCCGAUUAUGCAGUGGAGACCAUAUUCUAAAGAUUGGGGACACUGAUUUGACAGGAAUGAGCAGUGAGCAGGUAGCACAAGUCCUGAGGCAAUGUGGAAAUAGGGUUAAAUUGAUGAUUGCAAGAGGUGCCAUUGAGGAAACCACAGCACCCAGCUCUCUGGGCCUCACCCUCUCCUCCUCCUCUUCACCAGAGAUGCGGGUUGAUGUUUCUACUCAGAAGAGUGAAGAAAAUGAGACAUUUGAUGUGGAACUGACUAAAAACGUUCAAGGAUUAGGAAUUACUAUUGCUGGUUAUAUUGGAGAUAAAAAGUUAGAACCAUCAGGAAUUUUUGUAAAGAGCAUUACAAAAAGCAGUGCCGUUGAACAUGAUGGAAGAAUCCAAAUUGGAGACCAAAUUAUAGCAGUAGAUGGCACCAACCUUCAAGGUUUUACCAAUCAGCAAGCAGUAGAGGUAUUGCGACGCACAGGACAAACUGUGCGCCUGACGCUAAUGAGAAGAGAAAUGAAGCAGGAGACAGAGCUCCUGCCAAGGGAGGAUGUCACCAAAGACGCGGAUGUGUCUCUAGCUAAUCCCCGGAUAAGCAAAGAAAAUUGUGAAAAAGAUGAAGAUUCUUUAUCUUUUAGGAGAAAUGUCAAUAUAUUACCAAUUGAAGAAGAAGGAUAUCCAUUACUCUCAGAUGAGGUAGAGGAAACAGAAGAUGCACAACGAGAAACCACCCUGCUGACAAAGUGGCAGAGGGUUAUGGGAAUUAACUAUGAAAUAGUGGUGGCUCACGUGAGCAAGUUUAGUGAGAACAGUGGAUUGGGGAUAAGUCUGGAGGCAACUGCGGGCCAUCAUUUUAUCCGAUCUGUCCUACCGGAAGGUCCUGUUGGACACAGUGGGAAACUCUUCAGUGGCGAUGAGCUUUUGGAAGUGAAUGGCAUAACUUUGCUUGGGGAAAAUCAUCAAGAUGUUGUCAAUAUUUUGAAAGAAUUGCCUAUAGAAGUGACAAUGGUGUGCUGUCGUAGAACUGUACCUCCCACCACCCAGUCAGAACUGGAUAGCCUGGACUUAAGUGACAUUGAACUAACAGAGAAGCCUCAUGUAGACCUAGGCGAGCUCAUUGGGUCCUCGGAGACAGAAGAUCCAGUGCUGCCAAUGCCUGAUUUGAGUCAGAUCACAGAGGAGGUUCAAGCACCUUUGACCAUGUGGGAGGCUACCGUUCAGCACAUAGAGCUGGAGAAAGGGAGCAGAGGCCUUGGUUUUAGCAUUUUAGAUUAUCAGGAUCCAGUUGAUCCAGCAAGCACUGUGAUUGUAAUUCGUUCCUUGGUGCCUGGUGGCAUUGCUGAAAAGGACGGACGACUUCUUCCUGGAGAUCGCCUCAUGUUUGUCAAUGACAUUAACCUGGAACACAGCAGUCUGGAAGAGGCAGUGGAAGCCCUGAAGGGAGCACUGCCAGGAACUGUGAGGAUUGGAGUAGCCAAGCCCUUACCUCAGCUGUCGCCAGAAGAAGGUUAUGUUUCUGCUAAGGAGGAUUCCUUUCUCUACCCACCACUCUCCUGCAAGGAACAAGCUCUGCCUACCAAAGCUCUCUGCAGGGCUGACUUGGCUCUGGUGGAUACACAUGAUCCUGAAAUAGUAGAUGAAUCUACAUUUGAGUGCCAGUACUCUCCUGAUAAUGACAGUGUCUACUCUACCCAAGCCUCUGUCUUAUCAUUCCAUGGCAGUGCUUGCAGUGAUGGUCUGAACUACGGCCCCUCCCUGCCAUCCUCUCCUUCCAAGGAUAUUGAUGAAAAUUCUUCUGAUCCAGCACAAGAUCUGCACAUGUCCUUAGAAGAACUGUAUGCCCAAAGUGUCCUGCAGAGGCACAGUGAGAAUCCAGCUUCAGUAGACAUGAGCGUGGGAUCUGUUUCUGGGUUUGCCAUAAAUGAUUAUUCACCUGAAAAUCUUAUAGAACAAUAUGGACAUGAAAGCACAGUACCUUGGACUGCAUCUCAGUUACCAAGUGAAGUUUUAUCAAGUGCAGAACUAACUUCUGUGGUACCUGAUUCAGCUGGAAAGGGCUCUGAGUACUUAAUUGAACAGAGCUCUUUGGCCUCAAAUGACGAGUGUGUCAUGCUGGAAAAUAUGUCUAGAGAAUCUUUUGAGAGGACUAUUACUAUAGCAAAAGGCAAUUCUAGCCUAGGGAUGACGGUCAGUGCUAAUAAAGAUGGCUUGGGAAUGAUUGUUCGAAGCAUUAUUCAUGGAGGUGCCAUUAGUCGAGAUGGCCGGAUUGCUGUUGGGGACUGCAUUAUGUCUGUUAAUGAGGAGUCUACCAUCAAUUUAACCAGUGCCCAGGCACGAGCCAUGUUAAGAAGACAUUCUCUCAUUGGGCCUGACAUAACAAUUAGUUAUGUGCCUGCAGAACAUUUAGAGGAGUUCAGAAGAUGUUUGGGACAACAAUCUGGAGAAGUAAUGGCAUUGGAUAUUUUUUCUUCAUAUACGGGCAGAGACAUUCCAGAACUACCAGAGCGAGAAGAGGGAGAAGGAGAAGAAAGUGAACUUCAGAAUGCAGCAUAUAGCAAUUGGAAUCAGCCCAGGAGAGUUGAACUUUGGAGAGAACCAAGCAAAUCUUUGGGCAUCAGCAUUGUUGGUGGACGAGGAAUGGGGAGUCGUCUAAGCAAUGGUGAAGUGAUGAGGGGCAUUUUCAUUAAACAUGUCCUUGAGGAUAGCCCAGCUGGGAAGAAUGGAACCUUGAAGCCUGGAGACAGAAUAGUAGAGGUGGAUGGAAUGGACCUCAGAGAUGCAAGCCAUGAACAAGCUGUGGAAGCCAUUCGGAAAGCAGGCAACCCUGUAGUCUUUAUGGUACAGAGCAUUGUAAACAGACCAAGGAAAUGCCCCUUGCCUUCCUUGCCGCACCUUUACCCUAAGUACAGCUUCAGCAGCACUAACCCAUUUGCUGACUCUCUCCAGUUCAACGCUGACAAGGAAUUACAGGAUUCAAGUAAAAAUAUCUUCUACUGUUCCCCAACUAACCCUUUUGCUCCCACACCAUUUAAGGCACCCAGUCACUCAGAGCCAGAGCCAGAGCCAGAGAAGGCUCUAUUAUGUGAUGUUCUUCAGCCCUCUUCUUCAGCAUUUGCAGAAAUGAGCAGUGAUCAUGCACAAUCAGCUGCAAGUGAAACCUCAGAGGAUAUGGACAAAGAGGAUGAGUUUGGUUACAGCUGGAAAAAUAUCAUUGAGCGCUAUGGAACCCUAACAGGCAAGCUCCAUAUGAUUGAACUGGAGAAAGGUCUUAGUGGUUUGGGCCUAAGUCUCGCUGGGAACAAAGACCGAACCCGAAUGAGUGUCUUUAUAGUGGGAAUUGACCCAAAUGGAGCAGCAGGAAGAGAUGGUCGAUUGCAGAUUGCAGAUGAACUUCUAGAGAUCAAUGGUCAAAUUUUAUAUGGAAGAAGUCAUCAGAAUGCCUCAUCAAUUAUCAAAUGUGCCCCUUCUAAAGUAAAAAUAAUUUUCAUCAGAAAUAAAGAUGCAGUGAGUCAGAUGGCUGUAUGUCCCGGAAACACAGUAGAACCUAUGCCUUCUACUUCAGACAGUCUUCAAAAUAAGGAGGUAGAACCAAGUGUUUCUGCUCCUGAUGCAGCUGUGGACCUCAGUUCAUUUAACAGUGUGCGUUAUCUGGAACUUCCCAAAGAUCAGGGAGGGUUGGGUAUUGCUAUCAGUGAAGAAGACACGCUCAAUGGAGUCAUCGUAAAGAGUUUAACAGAGCAUGGGGUAGCAGCCAAGGAUGGACGCCUCAAAGUUGGAGAUCAGAUCUUAGCUGUAGAUGAUGAAGUUGUUGUUGGCUAUCCCAUUGAAAAGUUUAUUAGCCUGCUGAAGACAGCAAAAACAACAGUAAAGCUGACCAUUCAUGCUGAGACUCCAGAUUCCCAGACUUUUCUUUCAGCAACUGAUGCAGCCAGUGGAGAAAAAAUGAACAGCUCGCAGUCUCCAGUGGCCUCACAGUCUGGCUCCCCGGAAGUGGAACCAGAGUCUGUCAGAAGUACAAGCAGGUCUUCAACACCAGCAAUCUUUGCUUCUGAUCCUGCAACCUGCCCCAUUAUCCCUGGUUGUGAAACAACAAUCGAGAUUUCCAAAGGGCGAACAGGGCUGGGCCUGAGCAUUGUUGGAGGGUCUGACACACUGCUGGGUGCCAUUAUUAUCCAUGAAGUUUAUGAAGAAGGAGCAGCAUGUAAAGAUGGAAGACUCUGGGCUGGAGAUCAGAUUUUAGAGGUAAAUGGAAUUGACUUGAGAAAGGCCACCCAUGAUGAAGCAAUCAAUGUCCUAAGACAGACGCCCCAGAGAGUGCGCCUGACACUCUACAGAGAUGAGGCUCCAUACAAAGAGGAGGACAUGUGUGAUGCCCUCACGGUUGAGCUGCAGAAGAAGCCAGGAAAAGGCCUAGGACUGAGCAUUGUUGGUAAAAGGAACGAUACUGGAGUAUUUGUGUCAGAUAUUGUUAAAGGAGGAAUUGCAGAUGCUGAUGGAAGACUGAUGCAGGGAGACCAGAUAUUAAUGGUGAAUGGUGAAGAUGUUCGCAGUGCCACCCAGGAAGCUGUUGCCGCUUUGCUAAAGUGUUCCCUAGGCACAGUGACCCUGGAAGUGGGAAGAAUCAAAACCGGUCCAUUUCACUCAGAGAGGAGGCCUUCUCAAAGCAGCCAGGUGAGUGAAGGCAGCCUGUCAUCCUUCACUCUUCCACUCUCUGGAAUGAGUACCUCUGAGUCACAGGAAUGCAGCUCCAAGAGAAACGCAUUAGCAUCUGAAAUACAAGGUUUAAGAACAGUUGAAAUAAAGAAGGGGCCUACUGACUCGCUGGGAAUCAGUAUUGCUGGAGGAAUGGGAAGCCCACUUGGUGAUGUUCCUAUAUUUAUUGCAAUGAUGCACCCAAAUGGCGUUGCAGCUCAGACCCAGAAACUCAGAGUUGGAGAUCGGAUUGUCACUAUCUGUGGCACAUCCACUGAGGGAAUGACUCACACUCAAGCAGUAAACUUACUGAAAAAUGCUUCUGGCUCCAUUGAAAUGCAGGUGGUUGCUGGAGGAGACGUGAGUGUGGUCACAGGUCAUCAACAGGAGCCUGCCAGUGCCAGUCUUUCUUUCACCGGGCUGGCGUCAAGCACUAUAUUUCAGGAUGAUUUAGGACCUCCUCAGUGUAAGUCUAUUACACUGGAACGAGGACCGGAUGGCUUGGGCUUCAGUAUAGUAGGAGGAUGUGGCAGCCCUCAUGGAGACUUACCCAUUUAUGUUAAAACAGUGUUUGCAAAGGGAGCAGCAUCAGAAGAUGGGCGCCUUAAAAGGGGUGAUCAAAUCAUUGCUGUCAAUGGACAGAGUCUGGAAGGGGUAACCCACGAAGAAGCUGUUGCUAUCCUUAAGCGAACAAAGGGCACUGUCACUUUGAUGGUUCUCUCCUGAAUUGGCAGCCAGAUUUGAACCAACUCAACCCUUGCUUCCCUGUGUACUAUUGAGAAAAUUGAAUGAUCUUAUGCGUGACUUUUCCUGUGCUGUGUUGAUGCAGUCUUUGACAUUAUGUGGAAAAAUAAUAUUUAAGUCUGUUCUUCUCAUAUGAGAAUGGUUAUUUUUACUGAUGACCUAAUAUUAUUUUUCCUUUUCUUUUGCUUUUUGUGAAUCCAAACACACAGAGAAGGGACAAUUUACAGAUAAAUCCAGUUUGUCUUUUGAGGCUACCUAAAGUUUUGCCACAUGAACAAAAAUUAUUAAAGAAAAAGGAAAUGUUAAAAAAAGAAAGAAAAAUAAUUCUAGAGCUAACCAUUUAGAAAGUGGUUUCAGUAAAUUAGGUUGAAAAAUAAAAAGGCAUAAUAAGGAAAAAAACCUUGAGUUUUAUAAACAUCUCUCAAUUUGGCAGUUCAUCCCCUGUCCCCAAACCAAACUAAAAAAAUUAUUGAAAAUCUUAAUAAGUGCUCACAAUAUUUUAAUAUUUUGAAUAUUGUUAAAAUUGUAUCUCCUUACCUCUAGCAUCUAUACAUAUUUUUUCCUGCUAAAAUUACUGCCUAUAAUUAAGUAAAUAAAAAAAUACAUGAAACGGUGUUCCUAAGUUUUGUAAAAUCAUAUUUAAGGCACAUUCUCAAUGUGCUGUAAUAAAACAAUGAUGUUACCCCUGUUGACAACAAACAAGCUCACCAUAGAGGAGCACAGGUUCUGAGAAUCUUUUUAAGUUGGUUUUAACAAUUGAUGAAACACUGAAAAUGGCUUAGUGCACUGUGCAGUUGGUUUACAAAUAGUGUUAAUCUUAAUGCAAAGAAAAAAGCAGGGCCGGGGACAUAACUCAGUAGCAAAAGCGCCUGCCUAGUAAGUGUGAGGUCAUGAAUUCAGUCCGCAGUAUCAAAAAGAAAAAAAAGAGAGAGAAAAGCAAUGUGUCAUUCAUUAUUUUGGUUCAAUGCCAUUAAUAAAUUGAUAGAAAAUUAAGGGGAUUAACGUAACCAAUUCAUUGCUUUAUAUUAAUAUCUUAUAAUACAAUAGUUUAAAACAGAUGGAGGUGUUUUUUGAGACAACUGUAGAGGAAUUAUCAUGUGUUCAUUCCCAUUUUAAAGCAUGAAACUCCUACAUUGGAAUAUAUAAAAUCACUUUAAAUAUCUGUAUUUAUAACAAAUAGUGUACAGUUAAUGCAGUAUUUUUUGUGUAAACACAAAAUUAAAGUAAAUAAACAAGGUUUGUGAUUGGGUAGUUCCUUUUAGAAAUAGCUUACCAAAUAGUUUGUAGGUCCUCCUUGUCUGGUACAAAAACUGAGUAAGACAAGCAGAAACAAUGACAAAGGUUAUGAGAAAAGUGAAGGCAGAGGGUGAGGAGGAAACUGGCUCUGCAGAGUAAACUUGGUAAAACAAAAGAGAGAAAAAGUUAAAAGCAAAAAUUCAAGUACACUGUGAGGGGCACAAGGUGAGUUAUUGAGAAAGAGGCACACAAGCUCUUCAUAGUGUCUGCCUCCCCUUGUGCCACUCACUGCAUCAGAACCUGCCUGAACUUCACACGGGGGUGCAAAGGAACGGGCAGGGUGGUCUCUGGGGGCCUGCCUCUCUUCUCUGCCAGCCAGUCUAAGCCACGUCCUGUGUCCUGGCUCAGGUUCAGUGGUGCACAAACAAAAACGAAGGCUUUUUUAUUCUUUUGUUAGAGGAAAAACUACUGUUCAGCACUCACUACUUACAAUUGGCUUUUGUCAUGUCUGCCUGUAUGUGCACUAUCCAUGCAUGCAGUUAGAAAAGAAUUGGGCAUCAUUAUAAAAACAAUGUUUUUUUUUUUUUACCUUGACAGUAUUUCUAGUGCUCAAAGUCCAUAGACUCCUCAUAGAGCGGAGGAAGGCGAUGCUAUGAGAAGGCGAGUCACCUGCCUAUGAAUAGUUUUCUAGGGUGCUAUUGUGCAGUGAUAUUAACAGUUGUUCUUAGGUUAGUAAAGAGCCAAAGUGUAUUCAUAUGGAAAUACCAUGAUGAAAUUCAUUCUAAUAAACAUGAAAAGUCAAAUGUGAACACUGAGCAAAUAGUUUGGAAACCUUAGUCCUACUAGUUCUGUCCCAGAUUAACCAGGGAGUGUAUACUUCCCUCUGAUUCAUUUCAGUGUUAAAUAAUAGGUUAUUUGAUCAGUAAGCUUCUAUUCUAAAAUGUAAGAAAAUACUUAUUUAUGAAUAUAGAAAUUCUGUGAUUGUAGUUUAUAAAAUGCAUAUUGCACCAAUUUAGGAGUCUUCAUGUAAAUUGAGGUGCUUACUGUAACAGAGUUCACUUUCCUAUCCCAGGGACACAUACUACUUUCUGCUCCUCUUCUACCAUAUGCUUUCACAGUAAGCUCCUGGAAACUGAACCAACCUCGUUUGCAAGUUUGAACUAGCAAAGAUUUUUAUACUGGUAGAUAAUACUGUACAUCAAUAUUGAAUGGGAGAAAGUUACUAAUCACAUUAAAGUUUGAGUAAAUAUGGGGGAUCAUCCCUAAAGAGAACAGUUUCAUGAGUAUCAGUCCUAGCUUAAACAGUGUCUCUUCAAAUCCAUGUCCAUAUGGAAUCUCAGAAUAUAAUCUUUGGAAAUAACCUUUGUAGGUGUAAUUACUUAAAAGUCAUACUGGACCAAGAGGUUUGGUUUUAAAAAGACUGUGCACACACCGAGACAUUAGUGAAAGCCAUGUGAAGAGGGAAGCAAAGAAACAAGCUAAGGACUCCUAGGCUGUUAGAAACUAUAGAGACAAGGAUUUUUCCUAAAGUCUUUAGAGGAGAUUUGGUUUAUAUUGAUGCUUGCAUUUCAAGUUUCAGGCCUCCAUAGUAGGAGAAAAUAAGUUUCCAUUGUUUCAUGCAUCCCAUUUGUGCUACUUCGUUACAAAAUGUUGGGAAACUAACACUGUAUCUUGAGUUGCUGUCCUUAUCCUAGCUAAGAACAGAUCAUUGCUAUUAAUUUACUAAGUCAAAGCACAUGAAACAGAAGAUGGAAAGAAAGAAGAAGAAAAGGAGACUGACUUUGAAAGGAGAAAAAAACUAGAUUUAUCCACAUUGGAGAGAAUGGCUUAUGCUUCCUGGGUUAUUUUCUGGAAAUAAAGGAAUAGGUUCCUAAACAGAGUUUAAAUAGACUUUAACAUUAUCUGAUGUUGAGGACGUGUACAACCCAAAACUAGACUGCCCACAAUGGCUCAGUGUAGUAAUAUUUCUUUUCAGCCUGACUGAUGCAUAGCAAUAAAGGUAGAAAGGAAGCAUAAAAAGUCAGCAACAUCCAUACUUCAGAGCAGUGGUAAAGCAGAAAGAUUAAGAACCAUGAAGGUGAAGAACACAAGAAAAAGGAGGGAAAGGUUUUUUUAUUUUUUUCGUUUUAAGAAUUUUGACAAAGAUUUAAAAGGGGUUCCUUCCUGCUCUGAGAUACAGGAUACUAAGUCUCCUUAGAAUGGGUCACUCUUCUUUAGACCACAGAGUGAACAGAGAACUUGAAAGGAUGCCUACAGGGAGAUGAGAAUAAAUAUAUUUUUUUAGGUGUACAAAUGUCAAAAAUACCAUCACCUGCUUUCAGCAGCUCUGGUAUGGUGUUUCAUGUCCAUGACAGAUACUCCGGAAUGCAUUUGAUUCAUGCCCUCAACUUGGUCUCCUAGGAAUCAAUGUUUAGUGUUGUCUUCUUCCAAAGGGACCUGUUGGUAAAGCAGGGUGCCUCGUAUUACCCUUUGACACCAAGAGUAUUUUUGCAUAGAAUGGAAACUAGGGGAAAGAGAUGUUCUUAAAUUGAUUUUUGCCGCUUUGUUCCUUUCAGAAUCCCACUAUUCUAUAUUGUCCAUUUAAAUAUAAGCCAUAGGAAAAAAAUAUUUGUCUAAUUAGUUAAGUGUGAAAAGUUCUAUAAUAGGCCCUAAAAAUAAUUGUGUGAAGGAGGGAAACUUACAGUAACGAUCUCAGAAUUGUCCCACUGAACAGAUUUCUUGAAAUUUUUGAAAAUACGACACCAUCAGAAGAUUGCCUUUAUCACAAGCUUGGUGUCUCUUAGCAGUGGGCUUUUUGUGAGAUGAUUGCCUGUUGUGAAAACAUCAUGACCCUUACCUUCCCCUCCACUCCUCCUCCAGACUUGACUGAGAAACAAGUUACCCUCAGAAAAUACUGUUUUGUAAAAGUUAUGUUUUUUAGGAGUCUGCCUUGAGAUACUGGGUAUUCAAAGUUUCACUCCUCUAAACUUCACCUAAAAUACUUUAUUGCAUUUAGUAAAACUUGCAAAUUUACUUUGGGAAAUUAUGUAGACUUAACAGCAUGCACAGAAUAAGAUGUCAAGAAAUACCUUGUUAUUUAUAUUAUUCUAAAAGGCAUUGUGUUAUAAAUUUAGUAUUUUCUGUAAAUAGUGUUUAUUUUUGUGCAGUUGUGUCUUUUUCCUCUAAAAUUUUAUGUAAAUCAACUUGUACUAAACUUUCCAAAAUUUAUGCUUUUUGGGUUACAACUUUCAUGAUGGUUCCCAUGUCAUCUUAUAACUGUACUAUUAAUUACUAGAUAUUUUUUCUUCAAAUAUUUUAACACAGAUGAUCUUAAAUUGUAUCUCACUACCUUUCAUAGGAAACCAGUAUUAUUUGCAAUUAAUACAGAAUAACUAUGAGGAAAAACAGAAGCUCAAAAAUUCUAAAAAGAUAGUGUGGUGUAUCAAUGAUCAUAGCCCAAGGCCCGGGCUCUGGCAGAAGGGCUAGUUGCAAAUGUUAGCAUGGUGUCAGCAACUUCAUGGAGACUUUCCUGAAGUGACCUGAAAAGAACAGAAGGUAUUUAUUUUAUCCAUAUGUGGUCCUGUAUUUUCUGUAUGCCUUGCCAGAGCCAUCAAACAUAAUGAUCUUAUGAUAUGGCCCCUCUUUGGAAAAAUUAUUACACCAAAAUGUGGAAAGUCAUGUUUUCAGUCUUCCUUUUCUUAAAAUAUGAAAAUUUCUGGUUAAUUCUUGUUCUUAAGUGUAUAUUUAACAACAGAAAUUGUUUAAGAAUUGCUGAUAGUAUAUGAUUUUACUAAAGCUAGAAUUGAGUUGCUAUGUCCAGUGUUUUACUUCUGGCAAUUUAAGUUUGAAAUAAAGGCUAAAUGACAUAAA